AUAUAUAUUAUAAGAAAAUAUAAAAAUUAAUAAAUUAACUGAUCAAAAUAAAAAACAAUAAAUAUAAAAGUUAUAAUAAAAAAAUAACAAUAAUAAUGACAAUAACACAAGUGCAAAUAUAAAGUGUUUUUUUAUAUAAGCCAUGAGAAAACCAAAGCAUUGGCAAUUAUUAUUGGUAAAUGUGUGUGGAAAAAAACGCAGCUUCCUUUUGUCUACUACAAUACAUUUAACGAAGGGGGUUCAUUUGCAGCAGUGCAAGAAGUAGUAGCACUCACUCUGCUGUGGUGUGUCGAAGUUUCAAAAGAAAUUGUGAUUAGUGGUCAGACAAGUUGGUUGGUUAUUUGGCCAAUUGUAAAAUCCAAGUAAAGGAAAUUUACAAAAUUAUUUGUGUGUGUUAUUUUUUUUAUUUAUAUUUAUGUGUUAAUGAGUUAUUGAAAUAAAAUGGAUACGGAAGAUAUGGAAUCAUCGUCACAGGACAACACUGAUAUACCAUCAAAAGAAAAAUCCGCAAAAGAAGCAUUACAAACGUAUAUAACACGAGCAAAACUAAAUCCGGCCAAGACCGAUAAUGAGAAAAGACGCCGAAAGGAUACACUACGUAAGGUAUCAUCGAUCUAUCGUAAAUGUGAAACAACACGAACUUUAGAAGAAAGUAAAUUUUUGGAAAAACAUCCGGAAAUUGUUAAACAAGUAAAAAAACGCAAAGAGCGCGUUGAAAUCUAUAAAGAUCGUGUAAUCGAAAAGGAAGAUGAUGUCCAGGUCAUCGAAGCCAAGGUGGAGGAAUUAGCCAGUAUUAUAUUGCAGGCCAAACAUUUAAUAUGUUACACUGGGGCCGGCAUAAGUACAGCAGCUCUAAUACCCGAUUAUAGGGGGAGCAAGGGUAUUUGGACUCUUUUACAAAAAGGUGAAGAAAUAGGAGAUCAUGAUUUGUCUGCAGCAAAUCCCACAUAUACACAUAUGGCAUUAUACGAACUACAUCGGAGAGGCAUCUUACGCUAUGUGGUAUCACAAAAUUGUGAUGGUUUACAUUUAAGAUCGGGACUGCCGAAAGCAUCACUCUCGGAAAUUCAUGGCAAUAUGUACGUAGAAGUAUGUAAGAACUGCAAACCGAAUUCGGUGUAUUGGAGACUGUUUGAUACAACCGAGAUGACUGCUCGCUACUGCCACAAAACCAAUAGAUUAUGUCACAAAUGCUCCGAACCCUUAUGCGAUACAAUUGUGCAUUUUGGUGAAAGAGGAAACAUAAAGUGGCCUUUGAAUUGGGCCGGUGCUUGUCAUCAUGCGGAAAAGGCUGAUGUCAUACUGUGUUUAGGUUCUAGCUUAAAGGUAUUGAAAAAAUACACCUGGCUUUGGCAGAUGGAUAAACCGGCUAGACAAAGGGCUAAAAUAUGUAUAGUUAAUUUACAGUGGACACCGAAAGAUACUCUGGCCCAGGUUAAAAUCAAUGGUAAAUGCGAUCGUGUAAUGGAAAUGCUAAUGAAUGCUUUGAAAAUACCAGUGCCUGUUUAUACAAAAGAAAAAGAUCCCAUUUUUGCUCAUGCCACCAUGUUAAUGCCCGAAGAGUUGCAUACACUAACACAACCCCUACUCAAACAGUCCGACGAGGAGGAGAAAGAAGAAACCACUACAUUAUCAGCUGACAGCACAGCAGAUGAAGAAACACAAGAUUCGACUAUGAGUAGUGACAGUUAUUGUGCUAUGGGUGCUGAAUAUCGCAUUGGUAAGGGUCCACGCAUAAGAACACCCUUAAAACAAAUGGCAACGGGUAUAAAAACCAAUUUGGAACUAAAGAACAAAAUUAAACAAGAACUCAAAAUGGAAUCGGAUGAGGGUGAUACGCCCUUGAUGGGGAAAAAAGAAAUUAAAACAGAAUCUUUGUCACAGCAAGAUGAAAUCAAUAAUGUUAGUCUAACUGAAAGUAUUACUGAGAACCUAAAAGCUAAAAAUGAACUAUUCAAACAAACAAAUGAUUACGACUCAAACAGUUUACAGCAACAACAAGAUAAUGAAAAUUUCAAACGUUUCAAAGAGUCCACUGAUGAUUUUCAUAACAAUUUACUUAAUCCCACAGAAGUUAAAUUUGAAAUGCAAGACGAAAUUAAAAUGUUUGAUCUCAAUCUAAACAAUGCAAAACUUGAUGAAACAAAUCUUGCAAACAGUCUUAAUGAUUUCAAAUAUGAUGCCAACUUAGAGAACGAUUUACUCACAGGAGAUAUUUUAAAAACCGAAGAAAAUGCCUUUCAAAACUCUAUUAAAUUAGAGGAUUUAUUUACAAAUUUAAAUAAAUCGAAUACAGAAAUUAGUUCAAUGCCGCCGACAGAAAACAAAUCAAAUGCUGCAAAAGAUGGCAAAAUGAAUGGCAUAACAAAAUCAAAUGAACAAAUGUGUGUUAAUACGUUUGCAAAUAAAACCGAAAUACAAUUUCAAUCGAUUAAAGAUUUGAAAUUGAACGGUCUUUUAGGGGAGAAUUUGAAAGCAAAAGAAAACAGCAGUAUUAAAGUUGAAAUGUCCCACCAAACUAGUGUGCCUGAAACAAAACUUGAAACAGAUUUUAUAAAAGAUUUAAGAAACAAGGGAUUUUCGGUGGAAAUAUCAAAACCUAAGGACACCUGUUUGAAGAGUGCAACUAAAACAAAUGAUUGUGCUCUCAAAUUGAAAGAUUUUAGGAAGCAAAAUUUAACUGUGCCCACAAACAGCUGUGAGAUUACAAAAAAAGAGAUAAAAAUUGAGUUAAAUGCAGAUGCUUUAGCUAAUUUGCCGGUUAAACUUGAGCCAAAAACCGAUGUCUUGGCAGAAAUAGCAGAAUUACACAAGAGUGAACAGUUGCUAAUUAAACAAGCCACAGAAAUCACUAAAAAUGCAGAAGAAUUUUUGGAAAAACUAGAAAAUGAAAUGGGUUUAAAGAAUCCCUUAGAGUCGGAAACUCCAAAAUUGGCUUUGGUACAAGACCAAUUAAUAGCUGAAAGUGAUGUGGCUAAAUCAUCCAAUGGCUUGCCCAAUACCGCCAUAAAAACAGAGCAAAAUGUAAAUCAAGUUGCUGCGCCAAUACCACCACCACAACCAACAUCUGCAAAUAAUCAGUUUCCUUUGCAUAUAUUAAUGAAACUGCCGAAAUGCAUACAGGUGCAGUAUAAAACUGAAGAUGGCAUUAAGUCUGCGCCAUAUAAUGGCCUCAAAAACAAUGACAAAUCAAAGUUACAGUCCACUAUAACAACAACUCCUCUAAGCACAACUCCCCUGGCAACUAAAACUUCAGCAGAUCCACCACCCUUGGCACCACUAUACAAAACAUCACUCUUAUCCCCAAGUCUACAGAAACCUUUGCCAUCUUUAGAGCCCAUAGAGGCCAUUGUGGAUGAAGAAACAUUAUCCGCCGAUGAACAAUCUAUAGAAGAUGACCAAAAGCAGGAGAUAGAAGAGGACGAGAUAUCGGCUUUGGAAGAAGAAAACGAUGAACCCAUAUUAUCACAAAUGGAUAUUUUGAAAAAUCUUGCCUUAACAACUCCAACAAAAUCCAAUAACAGCUGUAAUUUGAAAACCUCACCAAUUUCUUCGUAUGCCUUGUCGCAGGAGAGAAAACAUUUGCUAAGACGAAAAUUACCCGUCUGGUAUGAUGUGAAGUAUGCCUACUCGGGCCUGCACAGCAUAGUUUUCCCCCCACCGGCUGAUGUUGAUAUCUGGAGUCAUCAAAUUGUACCCAAUUUCGCCAUGAAUCGUUCGGCAGCCAAGUGUGAAUUCUGUUUCGAUCAUUAUGCCGAAUUCGAGUGUCAAUUCUACAAGAAGUUCCUGCUGUGCGAUAGAAAACAUAAGAAACGUGCUCGCAAUGGACGUUUUGUGGUGUGUGAGUGUUGUCCCUAUACCGAGGAUGACGAUGAAGAUGACUACGAUGAAAACAUUUCAUUGGCUCAUAUAGCAGCGGCCGAAACGGCCAAAAGACAAUUGCAUUUGAAUAAUACAUUUCCUCGUAAAUUGGCCCGCACCCAGGCCGGUUGGUAUGGCAAGGGUUAUAAAAAGAAUCGACGCAGAAAAUAGUUUUUCUCAAUAAAACCCUUUUAAGUUUUAAGUUUAAUGUGUUGGCGUUUUACUUUACUUUUCUUUUAUUUAUAUUUGUGUUCAUGUAGUUGUAAAUAAGUAUUUAUAUUUAUGUAUUUAUCUUUAUAUCUAGAUAAGUUACGAAAUUAAGAGUAUUUUGUCCAGAAUCCCUAUGAACGACAGAUUAAAUAACUGUUGCCAUUUGUAAUUAUUUAUACGUACUUGUUAAACAAUUGUUCUAAUUUUAAGAAUAUGCAUUAAAUUUUACUUUACAACAUUUUCUUAAACUCGCAUAAUUUCAUAGAUUAUACAUAUUUUAUAAAUAGCUUUUAUUUUUCAAUGUACAAGUUUUAUUACGAAAUACAAUUUUUAAGGUUUAGAAGUAGUUUUUUUUUUAAAUCUAAAAACUCAUUCAACUAUAAGAGAUUCAAUUAGUCUUAUGCUGCACUCAGUUAGAUAAUAAUCUUAGUUUGUCGUUGUGAUUCCAUAAUAAUUGCAGUCCCCGAAAAUAAAAAAAAUAAAAAACUCCCAGGAAAAUACGGACUUAAUCAAUUCUGACGGACUUAAUCAAGUCUGACCAUGUCAACUUACGGUCCUUGUGCCACUCGACCUAUUAAAAGUUUUUGAUGCAGUCAAUCACACCAUUCUCUUCGGAGAUAUUUUCACAUCCAAUCUCUUGACAACACUAAGUGAUGGUUACUGAAUUAAGUGUAUUGAUGAGAUAUUUUCACGUCCAAUCUCUUGACAACACUAAGUGAUGGUCACUGAAUUAAGUGUAUUGAUGACAGUCAUUCUUGGAGUUUAGGAACCAGAGAUCCAAGUUCCCUAAGGUGGAGUCCUUUCGUCGAUCCUGUUUAAUUUCUAUAUGUCUAAACUACCAAAUAAUAUCUUACGUUCAAAUAAUAUCUUACGCCGAUGACUUUUCGAUAUUGGCCACGGGCAAUUUGAUUUGAUAAAAAGCUAUUUCCAACUUCUUUCAUUUGAGGAAUUUAAAAAUAUCACAGACAAAAUCUUCAGCCACUCUCUUCACUACUUGGACAAGUAUGUCUAAAACUGAAUGUGACAAUCGAUGGCGAAGAAAUUAACGGUCAGUCACCCCAAAAUACUUGGUGCCACAUUCGAUAAUCACCUUAUAUCCUCCGCACACACCACUGCAAUCAGCAACAAAAUGCGAAGUUGAACUCAGUACUCAGGUCUCUAGCCGUCCUAGCACUUGGGGAAUGGAUAAAGAAAAUGUGUUAACUACCUAGCAAACAAUUGGCCGGUCAGUGGUAAACUAUGAAACGCCAGUGUGUACUCCGAGUUAGCGACACGCAUUGAAGAAGCUCCAAAGCUGUCAAAGCGAAGCCCUUAGAAACGUAAAGAAGAACACCUACAUAAAGAGAUAAAGAUGCUUUCGGUUAAUCAAAGCAGUUCCUACUAAAACAACAAAAAGUCGGACAGGAAGAGCAAACUAAAUAAUGCAGCAUAUAAAAAACGAAGUUGGGGAAGGGAAGCAGCUCACAACAUCAGACGAAAGCAACUAUCUAACGGUCAUAUACCUAUGUGCAAACUAGGCCAAGCCACCGUGCCGAGAAUGCACGACACCUGGCAAGGAACAUCACCAACGGCUAUCCACAUUAGGGAUUGCCUCCACUAACGUCAGUCCUCCUCUUGUUGAAUACCUGCCUAGCAUAUUCUCCCAACCUAGCAACUGUCAUCCGCAUACGCACACAACUUACAAGACCGUACAAGAUCACCCAGCAAAGGAUCCAUCAUGAGUUUCCAUAUAAAUGGACCACAAAUGGAUCCCUGUGGGCAACCACCCACAACAUCUUUCCAAACCGUGCCGCUGGCACCAACAAUACAAGCUUUCCGACCGCUGAAGUAAAUCUGCCAAAGAGCUAUCUCUUGGCAGUUCAGUUCUCGAAGCCUACGCAAAAUUCACUCCAUAAUCAAACCCACCCUUAAUAUCCACAAAUAUGACCAAGAUAUAUUUGGCCGUAGAAUUACUGACAGUACUGUCAACAUGUUGCCAAGCGUCCUCAACACUCAUGCCCUCCUUAAAGCCAAGAAGAAAGAAUUACUCCUCACCCUAUCAGGAGACUUCAGGAGAACGACAACCCGAUCAAUCUUCCAAGCUUCAGGAAAGCAGCCCUCGCUGAAACACUUCCCAAAGACUGACUCCAGAUAUUCUGACACGGCCUUCCAGAUCCUUUUACACAUCUCUCCAGUCAUGCCAUCAAUACCUGGCGAUUUUCUGCUUUUGACGCGGCAGACACUGUCAGAUAUUUAAAAUCUUUCCAAGAUCGGAGGACCAUCCACUUCCUCAGGGAAAAGUAGAACAGCAUUCUCCUCACGAGGAAAGAAAACAUUCAAAAGAAGGGUCAUGCAAUCCCCCCAUGUUGACAAUACGUAUCGCCAACAUGAAGGGAUCCCAAGUCCUCAUGUCUACUUCUUCCCCUGCAGAUACGGUAAAUCGCACCCCAAGGGUCAUCUCUAUUGUCCCGUACGAAGUCUCUCCACUCGUCCUCUUUCACUCUAACAAUCAUGUCCUUAUACGUACCUAAGACCGAAAGAUAGUCAGCUAUGCGCUGAACUAAAUCCUACCGAAUCCAAGUAACUUAAGUACGGUUCCAAUGGAUAACCAAACCUACAGUAUACGCUAACCAGGAUCACCCUACCGAAACUGCCUUCAACGGAGAUACUAAUACCUAAUUGGCUCCUACACAAAACGCAUAGCUUGCCCAAUUCGCACCCUCCGUCAUCCUGCAUUCUCAUCACCGCACCAUCACUACGACGUAGAGGCCACAACUCGUGCACACGUGCGCCCAAAGGGUCAACCUCCUUCACCACCUCCUUCGACGAAACACCCUUCUUUCCAUUGACAACCACCGACCAGGUUUCUACAUUCUUCGGCAAAUUGGAAGCAGGCGCAACAGCAGCAGGGACUCCUGUUGUCUCUCUUGAGAGCCGACAUUGAUCUGGACGCCACAACAGGAGCCGCAGGAACUUUGAAGGUGGUCUGACACGCCUCCAAUACCUCCAGCUUACCCUUCAAUUUCUCAUUUUGGGCCAUGAGGUUAAACACCAGCGCCUCAAACUUUGCCGCAUUUUCUAGGAUCUUCCGAUCCAGUAUGGAAUCAACACCAUCUACUAGAACAGCCUCCAUCAUCGCCUGUGUGAUCUCCUUAGCUCCUACCACCGUCUGAUUCAGGAUUCUGACGCUAGGUGAAGCCGAAGAGACUCGUCCAGCCCUGCUAGAAGCAGCAACGACACCACUCAGAUUUGGCAGAUAUUCAGCAACAGGAGCAGUAACACCAGCAGUAGCACGCCUAGCAAUCGGGGACCCGAGCUUAAACGUCUUGCCCGACCCCUUAGCGGAAUUGUUGGCAACUUCUUCCGUCUCCGUGCUAGAUAACUCACUAUCAGUAUGCCUUAGCCUUCUUGUUGCCACCGGCGGCUCAAAAUCGAAAGCCGUCGUGUCCGACGCAUCAUCCUUCGGCACCGGCUUUGAUGCACUCGCGUCUUCAGCCGACAUAUCGGACAUAUCCGCCUUCCCUUUUUUAGUGGGUACACCAACCGUCCGACUCAGGUACAGUAGGAUGGAUUGAAGGGUUUCUAAGGCACUACACAGAGGGAAAAAGAAAU